UGUUGAAGAAAAUCAAAAGACAAGUCAAAGCUAUCAUCACAAAACCUUUCAAAAAACCCUAUAAAACCCCUCCACAGCCUGAACCACCACCACCUUCAUCUUCUUCACAUUUCUUUGCCAUGUCAUCAUCACAGCCUUUCCUGUUCCCCAGUACUCAAUCCACUGUUCUUCCUGAUCCUUCUUCCUUUUUUGCCCCUAAUCUCCUCUCAAAUCCAUUACCCACAAAUUCUUUUUUCCAAAAUUUUGUCCUCAAGAAUGGUGAUCAGCCUGAAUUCAUACACCCUUAUAUUGUAAAAUCCUCACUUUCAUCCCUCACUCUUUGUUACCCAUCUCAGUUCCAUAAUCCUGCUUUCAUUUACCAAAAUUUUAUAGCUGAUUUGACUAUCACUGCUUUGAAUAAUCCCAAUCCAAAUUCACCCCAUGUAAUUUCAUCCUUUGAUGAUCUUAGUGUCACAUUAGACCUUCCUUCUAGUAAUCUCAGGUUCUUUCUUGUUAAAGGUUCCCCCUUUAUUACGUGUAACGUUCUUGGAAAUGUAGCGCUUUCGAUUUCAACAAUUCAUGCCAUUCUUGAGUGUAAUUCGAAUAGUAAUCGUACCAAAUAUACUGUUAAGCUCAACAAUGGGCAAACUUGGCUUCUGUAUGCUUCUUCUCCCAUUGAUUUGAGUCAUGAUUUGUCCACUAUCAAGUCCGGUGUGUUUUCGGGUGUUAUUCGGAUUGCUUGUUUGCCAAAUUCUGACCCAACGUGUGAAGCAGUACUUGAUCGUUUUAGUUCUUGUUAUCCUACAAGUGGUAAUGCUGUUUUUAGUCAGCCAUUUUGCUUGGAGUACAAGUGGGAAAAGAAUGGAUGGGGCGACUUGCUUAUGUUGGCUCACCCUCUCCAUCUCCAGCUGCUUUCUGCUACCGAUUGUGCGGUAACUGUUUUAGAUGGAUUUAAGUACAAUAGUAUUGAUGGUGAGCUUAUUGGUGUUGUUGGAGACUCAUGGAUAUUGAAGAGCGAUCCAGUUUCUGUAACAUGGCAUUCCAUUAAAGGUGUUAAGGAAGAGGCUUGUUUAGAAAUAAUUGAUGCUUUGAAUAAGGAU